CACAACAAGACAAAUUAAUUUGGCACUUUACCAAAAACGGAACUUAUUCGGUAAAAACAGGUUAUCAUCUUGCCCUGGAUAAUAUUUUAAAUCUUAGCCAAAAAUCGAUGGCCUCCAUCAUUGACCCUCCUAUUUGGAAAGGAAUGUGGGCUCUUGAUGUUCCACCAAAGCUUAAGUUCUUUAUAUGGCAAUGUCUGAAAGUUAUUUUGCCAACUACGACGGCUCUUAGGUCCCGAGGAAUUAACUGUCAAGUUCGUUGUCCGGUUUGUUGGGAUAGUCAAGAGACUAUUGAACACCUUUUUUUCCAUUGUCCUCCUGCUCUUCACCUCUGGAAUAUGGUGGGAUUAAACAAUUUACUUCUCUCCGCCCCAAUCGAAAACUUCGGUAUCUGGUGGCGACAUGUUAUGAAAACGGAAAACUUCCAAAUCCACUAUCUCCCCUGCAUUUGCCUUCUUUGGAGAAUUUGGAAAUCUAGAAAUAAAGUGGUCUUUGAAUUUACUCAACCACUAGCCACCUCGCUUGCCCGCCAAUUUUUCUUCCAAGUCCAAGAAUAUGCUUCAGUGUUUUCCCUCCCCCAGAUCUUGUCUCCCCGCCCUCAGCCCUCUCGCAUCUCCAGUUGGCUUGGUCCUCCCGACGGUUUUAUCAAGAUCAAUUUCGAUGCCGCUGUUCGUGUUCCGGGUUGCUCGUCAGGUCUCGUCGUUCGAGGAUCAGAGGGGCAAGUUUUUUUGGCCUUGGGAUUCCACCAUCCAGGAGUCUCGGAUCCCUAUCUUGCAGAACUGAUGGCCGCCAGAGACGCCAUCUCUUUAGUUCACUCUCGCAGUCUUCCUCUGGCCAUCAUUGAAGGUGAUUCUGAAGUAGUUAUCCGGCAACUUGAUGGUAGAUGCUGUGAAGACUCGGUGGGCGGGCCUUUGCUUCGUGAUUGUUUCCAGUUAUUGAGCUCUUGUUCUUCUUGUAUUCGCUUUUGCUCGGUCCCGAGGACUGUCAACUGGGCUGCCCAUAGAGUGGCAAGACAAGCCCUGCUGCUGUCCCCUGUAGAGAUAGCGUCCUUCGAUUUUGUAGGGUGGCUUCAUUAAUUGUCUUUUUGGGGUUUUAGGUAGAAGAUUUAACUAUUGUACUUUGGCAUUACUUGGAAAAAAAAAAAGAAUAUAUAUAUAGAUAGUAGCUUUAAUUGAGAAGCCGUUUUAGUGGAAGGCUUUUUUAAGGGAAGGAGGCCGUUUUGGAGGAGAACGGGAAUAAUAAAUUUAAAGAAAAAAAUUACAGUUCCGAAAGUUGCGGUCGUUGGUUUAAGGCUGACGUGGAGGGGGCUUUAUUUUCAAAGCCUUUUAAUAUAUUUAAAGAUAAAGAAAGAAGAUUUUAUUUUUCCGCAAAAAAGGAAAAAGAAAACAGAAAUUACUAUUUUAUUUUUCUUCAAAUAUUCGGUGCCUCACUGUCGGAUUCCCUCUCCCCUUUUACCGAGUCAGUUACCUAAUCAAUAACGAUUUGUUAC